GCAGUCCGACCUGCACAUAUCGCACUGCGGCGGUUUCCACUCGCGGCGCCUCAAUACGCUGGUGGCGCUGCUGAGCACCGCAGCAGCGCUGUUCGGCCACCCGCCCGUGCAGUGGGACGCGGAGACGCUGGGCUGCGACCCCAGCCUGUCCUCCCUGCCCACACGCGACCAGCGCUCCUUCUCCUCCGCGCUGGCCGAGGUGGCCGACUGGUUAUUGGACACACCCCGGCACUCGGACGAGUUCAUUGUGCUGUACUUGGACGACCAGCUAGACCUGCAGGCCUGGGGGAAAGUACGGCAGCUGCUAGACACGGUGACCGCUGCCCUGCCCGCCCCGCUGUUCAUCACUCCCGGGGAGCUGGAGGCCAUUACGAGGGAGCUGGGGUCCGUACCCAGUAUCGAGCAGUUGGUACGGCAGUACGGCAAGCGGGUGCUGCUGAUGAGCGGGGCGGACUACAGCGAGGAGAUGUCCUGGCUGGCGUUCAACCACCACUCCCCCUGCGACUUUGGGGAGCCGCUGUUUAGCUACUUCGAACCCGCCCCCCACUGCUCCUUCCACCCCCCCUUUCGAAGCUGGCACCAGCCCACCAUGCGCGGGCGGCUGCUGCGCUCCCCCACCUGCCACCUCAGCUACGGGCCCUACAACUGCUCCAUGAAGCGGGGGGAAAACAUCUAGACGCCCGCCUGCUGCCCGCCGCCACGUCCUGCGGCCUCAACGUGCCCUGCCCGGACACCAUCACACCCUCCCUGGUGGCGGCUUUCGUGUGGAGCUGGGCGCCGGGACACACACCGCCGCAACCGCAACCGCAAUCGCCGUUCCAAAACCAUUCACGGCGUCCCCAGCCGCCCCACCAAAAGCAAGACCUGCAUCGGAAACGUCAGCAGCAAAAGCAGCAGCAGCAGCAGCAGGGGGAGGUUUGCGGGCUGAUGCGAGCUAGCGACGGGCGGUGGGAGGUGCGGGCGUGUGGGGAGGCGAGCUACGCGGCAUGCAGACGAGAUGCGGGUCCGCAGCACCUGCCGGGUCCGGAGGCCUGGUCACUGGCAGCGCGACAGCUGCCCUCUUCCGCAGCCCCCUCCUCUUCUUCCUCCUCUCCCUCUCCCUCCUCCCCCUCCUCUUCUCCUUCUUCUUCCUUUGCCCCCUGCCCACCCGGCUUCGUGCCCGGAGGCCCCCACACAGCCCGAGAAAACUACGAGCUCUGGCGACUGCUGCAGGCGACUCGGCAGGAGCCGCAGCAGCAGCAACCGCAGGGUCUAACCGAGCAGCGCCAACCGCAGGAGCGGCAACCGCAGCAACAUUCAAAGCAAUUGCAUCAGCGACAUCAGCGGCAACAGGAGGAGGGAGAAGACA